UAAUAUUUUAAAAGGAUAGUUGCAAUUUACAAACGUGAGGUAAAAACAAGAAAGACUUUGGGGGUUGAUUUGAAGUUUUUGGUGAGAUACUAUCUGAUGAUUUCGUUCGAUUGGGUUGGUUUUUCCCUUGUGUUUUCUUCUAUGCGCUUCGGCUGUGGACUCCAUUGAUUUGCCCGGUACGAUCUGCUUAGCUUGUGAAUAGCUUCUUCGAUUGCGUGUUGUUUUUAUCCCUAGGUCAAUCGGGGUCGUAUAAGUCGGGUUUUCCCUCUAAUUAGCGAAUCGAAUCAAAAACCCCCAAAUUAGUUUCGUCGUUGAAUGAUUCCCGAUUGAGGGUUUUGAGUUUUUAAUGUGAGAUCUUCUGUGGGGUUGAUUUUGGUUAUUUGUGGGAAGCCGUGUUUUGUGUAUUAAUAAGAGAUGGAGGGCGCCGGUGAUGAGGAUAACGACGUCGUAUUGAGCGAUGUUGAGGCCGAUGAUCCGGUGCCGAUUGACAUCAAAACCACGCCGGAGAACAUUUCCGUCGAAAGGUUUAGAGAAAUUCUGGCGGAGCUCGAUCGUGAGAGAGCAGCUCGUGAGGCAGUAGAAAAUUCGAAGAAUGAUCUCCAGGUAUCCUUCAAUCGGCUCAAAGUGCUAUGCCACGAGGCAAUCAAGAAAAGAGAUGAGAGUUCCCGGCAGCGGGAUGAGGCUUUGCGGGAGAAGGAGGAAGUUUCGAAGAAAUUGGAGAAGGUCGAUGGCGAAUUGAGAGAGGAAAUUCGAUCGAAGGAUGAGGCGUUGAGGCAAAGAGAUGAGGUUUUGGGGCAGCUUGAGGAGUUGAGGAAAGUGAAGGAGUCGACGAGGGUGGAAAUGGAGACGGGAUCUUCGAUGCUAAUGAAUGGAAUGGAGAAGAUAUCCAGGAAAGUGAGUAAUUACAAGGAUUUUGGAGGGAAUGGCCUGCCGAAGUCUAGCAAGUAUUCGGGAUUGCCUGCUGUGGCUUAUGGUGUAAUCAAGAGGGCAAAUGAGAUUGUGGAGGAGCUUCUGCGGCAAGUUGAGCUGAAUUUGAAGUCGCGGAAUGAGGCCCGUGAGGCAGUCGAACAGAGGAACUACGAGAUCGCCAUUGAGGUUUCUCAGCUUGAAGCGACGAUCAGUGGGUUGAGAGAGGAAGUUGCGAAGAAGAGUGAGGAAAUUGGGAGCUUGAAACGAAGCAACGAUGAGAAGGAUGAAAGAAUCGUUGAAUUGGAAAGGGAUUAUUCUGAAACGCGAGAAGGAAUGGAGAGUGAGGUUUUGAGAUUGAGGCAGCUGGUGAGCGAUCACGGGUCAAAGAUAGAGACGCAGAGACCUUUGCUAAUCGAGCAAUUGGAUUUUGUUUCCAAGAUGCACGAAGAAAUGCGUAAAGUUAUGAAGAUAGUGGAUGCGAACAAAUCUGCAGAAUUGUCGGAAUCCCUGUUCCUUGCACAAGGAACAAAUAUGGAGGAAAACAUGAAGGCUUCUUUAGCUGGAAUGGAGUCGGUGUAUGAGUUGAGUAAACUUGUAGUCGAGAAAACAAGGGAUUUGAUGGAGGAAAAGAGCUGUGAGUUGAAAAGUCUAAAUGAAACUGUUUCCCAAUUGACGAAGGAAAAAGAACAGAUUGGAUCUUUAUUAAGAAGCACUUUGUCUCAGAGGAUGUCCGUGGACUUAUCAUCGAGAACCAAUGAAUUAUUUAAAGUUGCAGAAAAUGGUCUGAAAGAGGCUGGGAUAGAUUACAAGUUCAGCAAAUUUCAUGAUUCUCAAAGUGGAGUGGGAUCCGAUGCGAGAGAGGAAAAUGAAGUAUAUGCUCUGGCUAGUGCAUUGGAGAACAUAAUUAAGCAGGCUCAGGUCGAGAUCAUUGAGUUGAAACAUUCAGUAGAUGAACUCAGGACAGAGUCAAAUUUAUAUAAGGAGCGCGCCGAUGUUCAAGCCAAAGAACUUAAUCAGUUGAGGCAACGUGUGGAAGAGCUCCAAGAGAAGGAAAGAGUAGCUAAUGAAAAUGUUGAAGGUCUUAUGAUGGACAUUGCUGCUGCUGAAGAAGAAAUCAUGCGGUGGAAGGUAGCAGCACAGGAAGAGGCUGACGCAGGAAAAGCAAUCGAACAAGAAUAUGUCGUGCAGUUGGAAGCAGUGCGCCAAGAACUUGAGGAAGCCAAGCAAGCCGUAGUCGAAUCAGAGAAAAAGCUGAAAUUCAAAGAGCAAACGGCAGAAGCUGCCAUGGCGGCGAGAGAUGCAGCUGAGAAGUCGCUGAGAUUGGCCGACACGAGAGCAACCCGGCUGCGCGAUCGCGUGGAAGAACUCUCCCGUCAGCUCGAUGAGCUCGACACCAGAGACCCGGCAAGAACCCGACUGACUAGGCCCCGAUACGUCUGUUGGCCGUGGCAGUGGCUCGGCCUCGAUUUUGUUGGCUCCCAUCGCUCCGGCGCCGAACCGCCGCUGCAGAGCUCCAACGAGAUGGAACUUUCUGAGCCCCUCAUUUGAUUUCCAAAGUUUGCAAUUCCUCGUUUUUUUCGGUUCCUUAUUGUAUUCGAUUGGUGAUUUUGAGGAAUGGUUUAUAGAAAAAAAAAAUUACUGUGUUGAAAACUUGAAAAUGUUAUGUUCUUGAGAA